AUGCCAGCGGCGAAAUCCAAAAACAAUGGUUACGCCGGAUCAAUCACGAAAUAUCCGAUGUCAAAUACCACCUUCAUCACAGGCCCGACAUCAUGCAGAAAUGGCGCGCUGUUAGUAAUUCCCCGACUGCUUGGAAAACGCCCUGGUGAGAUGGUGAGACAAUUGCUGACGGUGCACGGUUUUCAGGUUUUGGGCAUAAACACAUUCAAAGAGCGAGUCACGUCGUUCAAGAGCACCGUCCUGCCGCAACUUUCUUUCAUCUUCACGGGCCUCAUUACAACAGCUGUCGUAGCUGCUGUGACACUGACCGAUACAACUUGCAACUCGGAGUUGAGCCCUCCUCGCAUUCACAGCGGAGCCGAUAACAAAUGCACGAGGAUGGUUCCCAACGACAAUAUCGAUCGCUCUUCACCCCUAUGGGAGUUCCGAACCUUUUGGAACAACGACGAUGGGUCGGCAUACUAUGCCACGACAAAUCUAGGCUGUCCGUCUUGGUCGGGCGCACAGUUCAUGGGGUCCAUCAACACCAUUAACCCAGAACAUGUCGCAUACUCACGUAACGGAGUCGGAAUUCAAAGCUCAGCCAUCGGAUCACCAGAAAUAUUCUAUACAGAUUUCCCUGAAAUCGUCGAACCCUUUGACAGCUAUGGUGCAAAGGUGGACCAGACCAUGCUGCGCACAGUCUCGCAAUGCCUUCCGGUCAUGGCCACUAACCCUGUCAGAUGUCGUCCCGGGGGUAGCGUAUCUUUCAAGUCAAACAUUCCCGAGAACCUUCCCGAUGAUCAGGCUGUUUACCAUCGGAUUUCCAUCGAAGCUGGCGGUUGCAACUUUACCCAAGCGAAUGCCGAGGACCCCAAUGGAAAAUUCGGUGUCAUGGUCUCCCGCUUCUGCCCCCAAAAUAAUACUAUCGGCAAGGGAACCGUUGCUAUGGGUGCUACGGGCAUCAUCAGUCUUACCCUUGCUGCCUCUAUUGGCGACGAAGACUUCCUCGCCAAGCAUGCCGACAGCUACGAAGCGAUGAGCGCUGGCGUGGCCAAGAACCUCACAUACGCCAUCAGCUGCGACAUCGACGUACAGCCGACGAUCAGAUGGCGAACUCUCACCCUCGAGCUACAGCAGGGCACACUUACCACCACACCGUCGUACUCCAAGCUAAUAUCUGGCGUCGACGGCUGCGCAUCCACUCCCAAUGCCAACGCCAACUGGACCCUAGGUUACGGCUACGCAGGCGGUGCCGCCGCCGCACUCGUACCUCCCCUCUCAGAAGGACGAUACUGGAACGGCAUGACCAACACCAUCUUCAAUCAAGCGCUCGACGUCACAGACACAUCGGAUCGCUACUCGACCGUCGAGUCGUGGCAAAAGCUAAUCCGCGGCGCGCCUUACGGUUUCAACCAGUCCACCAACGCUCUAGAAGACGUCCUAGGCCUCACAGCCGGCAUCACCAUGUCCCAGAUGUCGACCCUAGACAGCAUGCGCAGCAACAGCCCCCUAGCCGACAGCGUCGAUUUUCACGCCGCAGCAAUGGGUCACGCAACGUUUGCUUGCACGCGCGUCGGCUCAGGCCAACGCUCUGCCAUACUCUUCACGCUGCCUCCGCUGCUUGCCAUGCUCACGGCUAUAUACCUCAUCUUCACGGUGCCGCGGAAGCAGACUAGUUUCAAAACAAGUCGCCUUGAGGAUUUGAUCGGCAUUGGUAUGGCGAGCGAGCGCGAGCUGAGCAUGGCGUACAGAAGGGACCAUCUGCGGGAGAACGAGGACCAGGGUGCGCAUCUCGGGAUCCCGCGGGCGCCGUCGCCGGGGCGGAAUCCCUUCGACGACGAUGCGGAGGAGAAGGCUAUGGGACUCCAGGAAUUAAGGGCUGUGCAUUACGAUCGCAAGGUGUGGGAUUAA